CGCAUUGAUCACAGGGCCGGUCUUGCGUGGCGCAUUCUUGUUUGUGUGGGGUUUGUGUGGGGACCCCAGUUCUCAAGUUGACUCACGACCGCCACGACUUCCACGACGGUGACGAGAGACGCACUGGCAGCUUCCGGCAUGGACGACCAGACUCGGACGCGCGAGCCUGUGGCGAAGGAAAGGGUAGUGCAGGUAAAGCUAGAUAUAGAACAUGCGGUGGUAAAGGAUGACCCACGCAAGUGGUCAAAGAGCCGUAAAUACAUCUUGGUUGCUAUGAUAUCGGCGGCAUGCAUGAUCAAUGGAUUGGGCGCGAGUAUAUACAAUCCCGCAAUCGCACAGAUAGAGUCUGACCUGCACGCGACCGCCACCCAAUUUAGUUUGACCCUUUCCCUGUUUGUGAUUAUCCAGGGAGGAUUCCCCAUACUAUGGAGCUCAAUCAGUGAGAUUCAUGGGCGAAAGGUUGUAUACGUGGCGUCUAUCACCCUAUGCAUGGUGGGAUGCAUCGUAGCAGCCACGUCAAAAACAAUCGAUGUCCUCAUCGGCAUGCGUUGUCUCCAGGCUGCCGGUUCCAGUGCUGUCCUAAACAUCGGAGCCGCGACGUUAGCCGAUCUCUACGAGCCUGCUGAGCGUGGCACGAUGAUGGGAAUAUACUUGUGCGCCCCUCUGCUCGGCCCCUCCCUCGGUCCGAUCCUAGGGGGUGUGCUGACCCAGGCGUUCAACUGGCGGGCAACGUUUUGGUUCCUCGCCAUUUUCACCGGCUUGUGUGUUCUCUCCUUCGCCUUCUUCCAGGAUACCUUUCGGAAAGAACGCAGUCUUGCGUACCAGAGUGUGCUCAAGCGCGUGCUCGAGCAAGAAGCGAAGAAGGCGACGGGGGAUGCUGGGAAGCAAGUUGCCACCGAGAAGAACACAGGCGACGCGCGCAUCACGAUUGUGCCGACUGAUGAUAAUAUCUCCAAUGAUACGGAGGCCGGUGUGGAACUGGGCGAGGAUGUUGUUGACCGAGACUUUGAGGCACAGAGCGCGUUGCCUGCCACCGAGAUACCUGCAGCGGUCAAGGAGGCCAGACUCUCCUUGAAGGACGUGAACCCGAUUGGGCCGAUGAUCCGUAUUUACUGCCGGUGGAACAAUGUCGUACUCUUCAUUGCUUCGGCGUUCAUCUUUGCCUUCAACACCACCAUCACAUAUACCGCAUCGCGGACCCUGGCUAAUAAGUAUCAUUACGAUGCGCUCGAUAUUGGAUUCGUUCUGUUGGCAUAUGGGAUAGGGUGUUUGUUUGGUAGCGUGCUCGGUGGUCGGUAUUCGGACCAUAUCUUCACCAAGCUGAAGGCCAAACACGGAGGAAAGAGUCAACCGGAGAUGCGCCUCCAGAGCACAUUGCUGCCUAUGCUAUUCUUCCCACCUUCCGUUAUAGCAUAUGGCUGGGUCUGUGAAGAACAUGUCCAUAUAUCAGCAGUCUGUGUGAUGCUGUUUCUGUCAGGCUUCUUCCAAAUAUCCAUCUACACGAGUAUGCUGGCCUACGUUGUAGAUUCCAAUGUAGGCCGCUCUUCGGCCGCCGUAGCCUGCAACAGUCUCUUCCGUGGGACAUUAGCCUUCGUUGCUACUGAGGUUGCCGUUCCACUUCAGGACACCAUAGGUGAUGGCGGGCUGUACUCAUUUUGGGGCGGCCUGACCCUCCUCUGCGAGUUGCUGAUCCUCCUCGUAUGGUGGAAAGGAGAGCGAUGGCGGGAGAGGGCGAUAGAAAAAGAGGCUCGCAAAACUGGGCGCCAUGACCAUGCUUAGUUGUGUAGGCUACUGCCAGCCUUGCCUCCCUCAGCGGCCAGAGGUCACUAUGCUCCCUGCACAGUAGACGCACCGGCGAUGGGACUCAACUGAAUGUCAUCAUGAUGAACUGCCAACGACGCCUUGUAGAUAGUAUGUUCUGCGGUCGUCUAUGAUAGAAGCUCCAUACUUUCUCGUUCAGCAUGCCAGAUAUAUGGUACGCUGCGGGAGACGGGACAUGAGACCGCUAGUAUGCAAUGUACUGCAGCAAGUAUGUACUGGCAAGAGUCGCCGAGGUUUGGACGCGUUUCAGAGAUC